CACACACAAAGGUACAGACAUUGGAGCUGAUUGUACAGGAGAAGUUGAGCCAUGAAAGGGCUUGUGGGUAGCAUUAAUAUCACGUAAGAGGCAGGCAGGCAGAUUCAUAAAGCUCAAAGCAACAAAAACACCAAAGAAGCCACAUGCUAGUAAGCUCAUCACCCGAUUAACACUCUCUGUCAGGAGCAACACACAGUUCACAGUUUGUUAAGACUGGGUGCAGGAGCGGCAACGAGUGGCAGUCGUUGGCUGAAGAACAUUCACUUUAAUAUCGAUGUUUUUACCUCAGUGAGGUUUUGUACACGAAAGUUGGAUCUGAAUUCCAUUUGGACCACCAGGCCGUGCGGCACGCCGAGCACCGUCACAGGAUCGGAAAGGCCUGUGAGCAUCGUGCUGAAUUGUAGACAAUUUUACGGUUUACGUACUGAGAAGUUGACUGAGCAUCCCUAACCCACCCUUACUCCAAGUACCACUUAUAAAUGUACUGACAGAUUAUCAGACGCUUCUGAAGUACAGGAGUUCUUCCAUCUGCCGUCGUUCGGCAGAAUGAAAUCUGCAUUCUCAUGUCCCGACAGAGACUCUGAGAAAGAGUCAGAGGAGUCGUCUCAAAGAGGUCUAGGCUUGCGUCGCAAACGAGAAUUUACUCCAGAAGAAAAAAAGGAUGCCAAUUACUGGGAAAAACGUCGCAAGAACAACGAAGCCGCCAAACGUUCACGAGAGAAACGCAGAGCAAAUGACUUUAUGCUGGAGACCAGGCUGGUGGCUCUGAGUGAGGAAAAUGCAGCUCUACGAGCUGAGAUCCUGGCUUUGAACCUUCGAUAUGGCCUGCUCAGCUCUAACUGUCCAUACUCAUCGCAACAGAGGAGCUUCUUUCAGAUGAAUUCAUACUUCGCUCAAAAAUCAAACACCUGCCCAGACAGAGAGCUUUGGGAAAGGGAUAAAAUGAGUCAGGAGUCUUCUCAUUGGCCUGGAUACCAGCAAGCAACUGAGGCCAUAGCUGCACGUUAUGGCUCAAACAUUGUUGCCACACACUCAUUCCCCAUCAACAGGGCCUAUUCCUACCUUCCAGAUGUCCCUAGUUUUGUUCAAUCUACAAGCACACCUAUGGUCUUAGCUCCCGUGUUUCCACCACUGCCUGCCUCUUUCCCAGAAAUCCCAGUGUUAAAUCCAGUAGGUCAGAAAACAAUACAGAAAGACUCUGACCAGCAGCCACCAGUCGGUGGCAGUUCUGUGCUUCCUCACAAGCUGAGGCUAAAGAAUCCAAUAUCAUCCAAGAAGAAAGAAGACAGAAUCACACCUCCAUCCCCACUCUCGUUAUAUGUGUCCGGCUAAAGAAGGGUGCUUGAUAUGUGCUACAUGAUCACAUUCCAGUGUAAAAAUUGGUUAGUGUUUAAAAUAAAACUCUCAAUUUCAAAUUGUUUUCAGAAAAAUAAGUUUAAUGGAAUGGAUUAAAAUAUCAAACUUUUCAAUUAAAAGGCAGCAUCAUGUCAGGAUUGGUAUCGAUGUUGUUCUUAAGGUUUGUAUGGACUUUCUACAAAGCAUCAUCUGGGUCCACUGAGUUCCGUCCUAAACUUUGGACAUUGGGGCCAGAGCACUGGGUCAGCCAUAAUACAGCACCUCUGGAGCAGUGACCAUUAAGGACCUUGCUCAAGGGCCCAAAAGUGGCAACUUGGCAGUGCUGGGGCUUGAAACCCGAUCCUCCAAACAUCAACCCAGAGCCUUAACCAGUUAAGCCAACAUUCAAGGCAAUGGAUGCAUUUCUGGUCAUUUUGCUGUGUAAGCAGAUGGUCUGGUAUAGCUACAGGUGCUAGUAUCAUUUCUGAUCAUUUCUCACACACUGCCAGUCAUGUUUUAGGUUUUAAACAGUAUAGUAUGAUCACAGCAGGUUAGAAUAUUGUCACUCAAAUUAGGCUUAUCUGUACGCCGAAUGGUUUUACCCUCCAAAAGGUCCCAGACUUUUGAGACUUUAGGAUUUGAUACAGUAGCUUCCCCUUAAUAAGAUUUACAUUUCCUUUAUUAAACAGCUAUUUGAUGAUAUUUGGGUUUGUUUCUAGCACUAAUAAUGAUUCAACAGCCUAAAAAGUAAUAAAAUCGUUUGACUGUAGUAUAGUGUAGUGUAAGUUAGGUAGCUUUAAGACAUUUUAAACCGAUCGCCUUUAAACUGAUCUGCUGAACUUCAACAAGAAACCUAGAUAGCGAACUUUGCAAACAGAAAUUGAAACUUCGUCUGUUUUCAUCUGAAUGAACACAACUGUCUUGUUUUAUUGUUUAUCGCUGUAGUUCUAUCGCUGGUCAAAAAUAUAUAAUAAAUGAACAUAAAAAAAAAACUAAAGAUC